AUAGCAUCAUUUGUCAAAGUCUGUCGUCGUAAUGAUCCGCAAUUAAACAAAUGCGCCCGUAAUGCUUUGUACUCCCUAAAAGAUCGUUUACAGGAUGGUAUACCUGAAUUGCAUAUACCGGCCAUAGAACCAUUGGUAAUACCCGAAAUAAAAAUGAAUCAAGAUACCGGAGCGGUUUAUGUGAAAUCGACCUAUAAAAAUAUACACAUUUAUGGUUUGUCCAAUUUCACAAUUAAAUCGCUGGCCAUUGAACCAUCGAAAAUGAAAUUCACUACAACCAUGAUGUUUUCGAACAUCACAAUAAAUGCCGAUUAUGAAAUCGAUGGUAAAAUAAUGAUGAUGCCUUUGACAGGUUCGGGACCCUGUAAUGCCAAUUUCACCGAUGUUGCCUUGACUACAGUUAUAUUGGGUGAACGUCAAAAGAAAAAUGGUCGCAACUAUUUGAAAAUUAAGGACAUCAAAGUCAACUAUGAUGUUGGCAAAGUGAAAUUAAAUUUGAACGAUUUAUUCAAUGGUGAUAAUGAUUUGGGUGAUCGUAUGAAUUCAUUUUUGAAUGAAAAUUGGGAUUCUUUGUCGGAGGAACUGAGACCACUGCUGCAGAAGGCCUUAACCGAGGUGGUGCAAUCAUCGACUGAUAAACUUUUCAAAACUUAUAGUUAUGAUGAUUUGUUACCAUUGUAAAUAUUUAUAUAGAAGUUGAGAAAAUUAAUUACAACAUUUAAGCAAUUAUA